CAGGCCAAUUUUGGACAGUGUACAAGAAGUAAACAUGAAAUGAGUCUCGGCGGCGCAGUGAAUUAAGGAACAAAUUGGUCUUAUUAUAGUAAAAAUGGAUCGUUUUUCGUGGUCAAAUGGGCUUUUAGAAAUAAAUGAAACUUUAGUGAUCCAGCAACGAGGUGUGAGACUGUAUGACGGAGACGAUAAGGCUAAGCUGGAUGUUGGAGUUGUCCUGUUGAGCACCCAUCGGUUGAUCUGGAGGGACGUUAAAAAUCAUGAAUGCUGCAUAGCCAUGCCCCUGUCACAGAUCAUCUUCUUUGAGGAGCAGGCUGCAGGAAUAGGAAAGAGUGCAAAAAUCGUUAUUCACCUGCAUCCAGUGCCUGCCAACAAGGAGCCUGGUCUCUACCAACACAGCAAAUACUCCUACAUUAAACUGUCCUUUAAAGAACAUGGGCAGAUAGAGUUUUACAGGAGGCUAACAGAAGAGAUGACUCAGAAAAGAUGGGAGAGUACACCAGUUUCACAACCCAUCCCCACAGGAACUGGCUCUCAGGCAGGAAAGACACGUGCUGUGGGGAUUGUUGGCAUCGAGAGAAAGAUAGAGGAGAGGAGAAAAGAAACGGACAAAAACAUUUCAGAGGCCUUUGAGGACCUCAGUAAACUGAUGGUGAAGGCCAAAGAGAUGGUGGAGCUGUCCAGAUCUAUAGCCAACAAGAUCAAAGACAAGCAGGGAGAUAUAACAGAAGAUGAGACAAUACGGUUUAAGUCCUACCUGCUGAGUAUGGGUAUUGCUAACCCAGUUACAAGGGAAACGCAUGGAUCAGGCACACAUUACCACAUGCAGCUGGCUAAGCAACUGGGAGAUAUGCUACAGGCCCCUCUCGAGGAGCGUGGGGGUAUGAUGGCUCUGACUGAGGUGUACUGUCUCGUCAACCGUGCUAGAGGGAUGGAGCUUUUGUCUCCAGAAGAUUUGGUAAACGCAUGCAAGAUGUUUGAGUCGUUGAAGCUCCCACUGAGGCUGCGCGUGUUUGACAGUGGUGUGAUGGUGGUCCAGCUGCAGUCUCACAGCGAGGAGGAAAUGAUAGCCUCAGCACUGGACAACGUGUCAGACAAAGGCUCCUUGACAGCAGAGGAGUUUGCCAAGCUCUUGGGUCUCUCUGUUCUUCUGUCGAAAGAGCGGUUGUUGCUGGCUGAGAAGAUGGGCCACCUGUGUAGAGAUGACUCUGUUGAGGGCUUGCGAUUCUACCCAAACCUGUUUUGACCUGUUUACACUCUUACACUUUACUCAGUAUUCUUGAGAUAGAGGAAAAUAAACUGGGCCACACUGUCUCUUCCGCUAGACGGAUGCAUUAAAACAAUGUUCUGACCUCUACAUGUAUAUACUGUUGUACAGCAGUAGAGUGCAUCCUGUACUUCGUGCUAUCCAGUCGAUCAUUGAAUGGUUAAUGUUCUGGUGGUGGUACAUCCUUCAUCCACUGUACGUACCACCUGCUAUUUUCUAUCUAGGUCUUUAAAAUGUGUCUGCAGACUGCAAAUACUGUUCACGCAGCAAAAUGUGCCCAGGUUUGCUCAACUUAGUGUGUCAUUAGUAAUAAAUGGGUUUGGGAAAAUUGACUUAAUGGGAUGUACACAGUAAUUUUUUUUCAUGGCUUUCAUUUUGAAUUUGUUAUGAAAAUCCAUAGCCACUAAUCACAUUUUCCAAAGUAAAAUGUAUAUAAUAAAUGAUUAAGGAAUAAAGCUCUGCCCUGCUAUCUUUUCUUCCGAGGAAGGGGAGAACAUGUCCAGAUGUCUAAAUGA